GAUAUACGUAUAUAUUAGCCACUUCCGGUAGUCUCUGCAUCCAGCAGCCUCUGCAAUGGACCACGGUGGUAUAGAAAGGCCUAGGCCAUUGCAGGCAACCCACUGAGACUCUCAUUAGGAUCUUGCUUCCUAAUCUCCUUUGCAUAAACUGGUCUCUGAACAAAUCUUUAAGACUUGAGCCUGGACCCAUGGAUAGCCGCAUUCGCCUCCACUCCCAUCUUACCUCUUUUGGUGAUGUGCCCUCUAGAAAGCCAUUGUCUUGUGUGUGCGACCUUAGACCUUAAGUGCAGGGUUUCUGAGCCACAGAAAAUUACGAAGGAAAUGGAUGACUUUCUACAAAAAUUGAGGCAGAAGACGAAAAUCGGAGUGGUAGGCGGGUCGGACUUUGAGAAAGUGCAAGAGCAGCUGGGAAAUGAUGUGGUUGAGAAAUACGAUUAUGUGUUCUCAGAAAAUGGCUUGGUGGCCUACAAAGAUGGGAAGUUUCUGUGUAAACAGAAUAUUCAAGGUCAUCUGGGUGAGGCCCUAAUCCAAGAUGUAAUCAACUACUGCCUGAGCUACAUAGCAAAAAUCAAACUCCCGAAGAAAAGGGGAACUUUCAUCGAAUUCCGAAAUGGGAUGUUGAAUGUAUCCCCUAUUGGAAGGAGUUGUAGCCAAGAAGAACGAAUUGAGUUCUACGAGCUGGAUAAAAAAGAAAAUAUACGACAAAAAUUCGUAGCAGACCUACGGAAGGAGUUUGCAGGGAAAGGCCUCACGUUUUCCAUAGGAGGUCAGAUCAGCUUUGAUGUCUUUCCUGAUGGUUGGGACAAGAGGUACUGCCUGAGACACGUGGAAAAUGACGGUUUUAAGACCAUCUAUUUCUUUGGCGACAAAACUAUGCCAGGCGGCAAUGACCACGAGAUCUUCACAGACCCGAGAACCGUGGGCCACACAGUCACAGCCCCCGAGGAUACACGCAGGAUCUGCGAGGAGCUCUUCCCAUGAUGCUAACAGAGGGGUCCCCACGCCACCCUGAGGUCAUUCCAGGCCUUAUCCCAGAGCCCUCAGCUCCUUGGCCAGCUGCUAGCUCACCAGUCACCUCCACCUUAACAGUCUCCAUCUCCAGUGCCAGCAGCAGCCAAGAGAGACACCCACAGCAGCAGGGGGCUGGGCAUGGCUGUGGUGGAGUACUGGUGCACACACACACACACACACACACGCUUAAAGAAUAACUCCCAAGAAGACAGACCACCCCCCCCCCCCAGUCUGGCAGUGGUACAGGAUUUUUUUAACUUGACAAUAGUGUCUGGGCCCUCCCUCUUCGUGGGUAAAAAAGUUCAGACCCAGCAUCAACACCAAAAGUGGGGACUUGGGGCUGUGAAUAUGGC